AUGAGUUAUGCUUCGGCUGGGCUACCGGUGGCGGCGGCAGCGGCUGCACUACUGGCGGCAGCGACUCCCGGCACACCGGAAGCUGCCCCCGCCACCGGUAACACAGCCGAAGCCGUUGCCGCCGCCACCGCAGCUUCGGUUGUGUUACCGGUGGCGGUGGCAGCGGCUUCGGCUGCGCUACCAGCGGCAGCGAAGGCUUCAGCUGCGCUACUGGCGGCAGCGGCUCCCGGCACGGUGGCGCAGUCAAUGGCCCGGGCGAUAGUAGUCAGCUGCGUACGCCGUUUCCAUGCGAGCCGCUGUUGCCGCAACAGCGGCAGCAACGCUUGCGGCCUCAGCGUCCAGCGUGCCGGGAGCCGCUGCUGCUGCGUGGCUGUCUGCUAUUGCAGCAGCCGCCUUCGCUAUAAGCGACGACAUUAA